GACAAACGUGCUUUCUGAGGCCUUUUUGUGUAUGAGUGCCAGCUGUUCUGUGUCGUUAAACGUGAAACAAGGUUGACUGUAAAUUAGAUUAUUCUACAUUUUUUUAAUAACUAGCAUUUAUUGUUAAUAAUAUUAUUAUUAAUUUUAUGUAUUUGUACGUGUUAUUGUUAAUAUAAUCAGCUGUUUUUUUGUUAUAAGCAAGAUCUAAGAUUUAAGAGAGAUUCGACGCGCAAAUAAAAGAAAAAAAAACAAGACGCAGUUACGCCCGCGUGGAUUUGAAUUGCCUUGAACAACAAUCUAAAUUUUAUUUUAGUUGAUUGAUUGAUGGAAGACUAAGAAAUGACGCGCAUUACAGCUGUUUUUGUCGAAAUGUUUUGUAUACGUUUUAUCGCUAAUAUUUUUGUUUAUAUUUGACAUUUAUAAAAAUUGAAAUUCAAAGUGUCUGAUUUAGUUAUUUGAACAAGGAAUAAAUUAUUGUCACCUGCAGCAUCAUUUUUGUCUUGAUAAAAAAUGACGGACUUUUUUAGAAAUGAUCUUGGUGAGAACUUGCAUGAUUCAAAGUCAAUGGCAAAUUUUCGACUUCCGUCAAUUCAGCCAGCGUCGCAGUUACCCAACAAUAAUAAUAAUAAUAACAUCUCGUCCGACGAAGUGGAUAAUCCCGAGUUUCCACGGGCAGAUUACCGCCUGGAAUCUGUGAGACUGCAGAGCUACACCGACUGGCCUCUGAGCUUCAUGGACCCUGCGAAAUUUGCAGCCGCUGGAUUCUACUACACGGGCUACAAUGAUCAUGUCAAAUGCUUCGAAUGUGGAAUCGAAAUACGCGAAUGGGUAGAGGGCGACGACCCGAUGUCGGAUCAUCAACGUUGGCAGUCUAGUUGCCAUUUUGUAAAAAAAUAUCCUUGUGGUAAUGUGCCGAUUGGUGUUGAUCCAAGUACCGUUCCACCAGUGGGUCCUAGAGGCCGUGACGUAUAUGGUCUUUAUGAAGAUGAAUUCCGGCCUGGUGCGUCACCAGAUUUUCGUUCUGGCCAAACAGAACUCCAGUUUCCCAGUACUGCUAAGUUGGGAGGUCAAAACCUCGCUCAGUCCAAAAAACCGGCACAUCCGGAAUUCGUGAGUUACGACGCCAGAUUAAAAAGUUUUGAAUUAUGGCCCAAAUUUAUGCCACAAACCAAGGAACAACUUGCUGACGCUGGCUUUUAUUACACCGGGACUGGUGACCAAACUAUCUGCUUUCACUGUGGCGGUGGGUUGAACGACUGGGAGCCCAAGGACGAUCCAUGGUUUCAGCACGCCAAGUGGUUCAAAAAGUGCUACUACGUCCGGAUGGUCAAGGGCCAAGACUUCAUCGAAAGCGUGAUUGGUCAGCCUGUCGCUCCACCUUCUCAUGAGGAGAUGAUGCUGAUGAAUUUGCCCAGUUACAUUGAAAAAUUAAAGCUAACAGCUAGUAUUGAGAAACCAGAAGAAAAGUCCGAGGAAAAGGAACCAGAGGCAGAAGUUGAGCUGGUCAAAAAGAAUGCGAAUGACGAUCUUAUGUGCAAGAUUUGCUAUAAAUAUGAAUUGGGGGUGGUGUUCCUGCCUUGCGGACACAUGGUGGCUUGCACUAGGUGCGCGCCGAGUAUGACUUCUUGCCCGGUGUGUAGAGAGCCCGUCAGUAUGACAGUACGCACUAUAAUAUCUUAGUACCUUUACAUUAGCACUAUUCAUUAUAUCCUAAAAUUAUUAUCUAUGUAAAAAUUUUUAAAUUAAAAAUUAAGACAUUUAAAUUUAAUACUAAUUGAAAUAAUUAAAAAAUAUUAAAUUUAAUCGAAUGAAAUUACCAAGUGACUCGUAAAGUAAUGCGGGUAAAAUUCUAUGCCAAUUUGAAGUAUAAUAAUAUGGAUAUACAUGGCAAUAAUACUUGCAGUAUUCAAUUGUUCUAAUUCAUUGUUUCAAUAUUUUUAAACUACCAAUUAAAGAGUAAUUUUUAUUAAAAAUUUUAAGCAUAUUGGUACCGGGAAUAUAAAAAUUUCUUUGGUUUUUUUUUAAUAAUUUUAACCCUUAAUAUACAAUUUUUAACUAUUAAUUCUUUUUUAUAAUUCAUUGUAUGUAUCAUUUAAUCAUCUUUACG